AUGGCGGGUUGGCUAAGACCAGAGACGCGUUUUUGUAACAAAUACCGUAUGUCGAGCAGGUGGGAUAAUGUGCCAGUGAAGCGUUUGUUGGCUUUGAACAUGGGCAAUAAGCCGCUUGAUCAGUAUAUACUUCAGGGCGUCACAAAAACCAUAAAGUUUGAAAUAGUUACCGGAAUCAGCUCAUAUCUUGGUCUUCUUGAGAACAUAGCCGGAAAGAACCGAAGGUUCCGGAUGGAAAGCGAUCUUGCGAUGCUCGUCCACCAGACCUAG